AUGGGGUGUUUCAAGCUUCCCAAGAGCCUUUGUAAGGAUAUUGAAUCAUUGAUCCGAAAGUUUUGGUGGGGUUAUACGGGGGAGGCCAGAAAAAUCCACUGGGUAGCUUGGAACAAGCUUUGCUUACCAAAAUCUCAAGGAGGUUUGGGGUUUAGAGACAUUGAAAAUUUCAACCUGGCUUUAUUGGGCAAACAAGUUUGGCGCCUCCUUUAUAACACCGACUCUUUGGUUUAUAAAGUCUUCAAAGCUAAAUUCUUCCCUAACUGCUCCAUAUUAGACACUGAUGUGAAGCUUUCUGGGUCCUUUGCUUGGCAAAGCAUCCUUAAAGCAAGGGAAAUUGUCAAAAGUGGUUCAAUUUGGCGUAUUGGCGAUGGGAGGCAGGUUCGUAUUCGUGGUGACAAGUGGCUGCUUGACAAGUGUGCAAGCAGAGUGCUAUCUCCUUAG